CUGUAUGUAUGUAUUGUCUCUGUGUUUGUGAACUCACUGUUGUUGUUGUGUCUCAAACAUGGCGUUCACUUAAAUGAUUUGUUUUAUGUUUGGAAUUGAUAUGAAAUUAACGAUUUGAAUGCCAUUUAAACAACUAUUUAAUCAACAAAUUUGUGUACAUUUAAUGAGUGACACAAACAAUGAACUAUUGAUUGAUUGGACGCAUCCAUCAACUAAUGGCCGUCUUUGGUUGGAAUGCUUGAAAAAGGCAACUCUUAUUCAGGCAAUACAUAUGAUAAUAGCAUAAAUUUGACGACAUCUUCAUCAACAAACACUUCAACACUGUCUUCAUAUUACCAUAAGAAGAGACAUUUAGAUCACGUAAUCGGAGAGUUGAACAGUGAAUAUAAUGCCAACCAAGUGGAAGAUAUAUCUUCCACAACCAGUUCCUCACGACAACAAUUGUCAGACAAUGUGCACAAUGUGUUAGGACUGUCGGGUUUUGACACUCAGUCUACAUAUAAUGGUCAAUCAUCAUCUAUACCGUCAUCACCGCAACACAUCCUGCAAAGUGUGCCGCAGAGUGGCAGUCAUCACACGUUUAUUCGCGCCUCCGCUAUAAAGCUGUUGGACACCUAUCAGCAGCGCUGUAGUACUAAAAGAAAAUAUAGUGAUUUGGAGAAUGCGAGUACCGGUGCGGCCAAUCAUUACAGUCAAUCAAGUUCUCGACCGACAGGACUCGUCAAUCGAAACAAAGCCCACAUUUCUUCAUCGCGUCGUCCGCUGGGACUCGACUCGACUCAUACCAGAAAUACUAACUUUUUAUUAGGUGUACACUCGUCAACAACAACAGCAAUCACGGCGCCCGCAACGUCUAAGGCCAGCUCCUCAAACAGCGAGGGCGACUACCAGCUCGUCCAGCAUGAGGUGCUCCAGUCCGCCACCAAUCACUAUGAAGUUCUUGAGUUCCUCGGUAGAGGUACUUUUGGACAGGUGACCAAAUGCUGGAAAAAGGGCACCAAUGAGAUAGUGGCCAUCAAAAUAUUGAAGAAUCAUCCGUCAUAUGCUAGACAGGGACAGAUCGAGGUGUCUAUACUUCAUAGACUCAGUCAGGAAAAUGCAGACGAGUGGAACUUUGUUCGGGCCUACGAGUGCUUCACACACAAGAACCACACAUGUCUUGUGUUUGAAAUGUUGGAACAGAAUUUGUAUGACUUCCUCAAGAAUAACAAAUUUAGUCCUUUGCCACUCAAAUAUAUCCGUCCGAUUCUACAACAAGUGUUGACUGCUUUGUUAAAACUUAAGCAACUGGGACUGAUUCACGCCGACCUCAAACCCGAGAAUAUAAUGUUAUGCGAUCCCGUGCGACACCCGUUUCGUGUGAAAGUUAUUGAUUUUGGCAGCGCUUCACAUAUAUCCAAAGCUGUCUGUUCUACUUAUCUUCAAUCCCGAUACUAUAGGGCACCAGAGAUUAUAUUAGGCCUUCCCUUUUGUGAAGCGAUCGAUAUGUGGAGUUUGGGUUGUGUUAUUGCUGAACUGUUUUUGGGUUGGCCUCUAUAUCCCGGUUCAUCGGAAUACGACCAAAUCAGAUAUAUAAGUCAAACACAGGGGUUGCCAAAUGAGCAUAUGUUGAAUCAGGCGACAAAGACAACCAGAUUUUUCUAUCGGGAAACAAAUCCUAAUUAUCCCUUUUGGAGACUUAAAAGUCCUGAAGAACAUGAGGCAGAAACAAACAUUAAGUCAAAAGAAGCGCGAAAAUACAUAUUUAAUUGUUUGGAUGACAUGGCUCAGGUGAACGUUCCCACCGACCUCGAGGGCGCAGAAUUGUUAGCCGAAAAGGCCGAUAGACGAGAGUUUAUCGAUUUGUUGAAACGUAUGCUAACAUUAGAUCAAGAAAGAAGAAUAACACCCGGAGAAGCUUUAAAUCAUAACUUUGUGUCACUCAACCAUUUGGCCGAAUACGGGCACUGCUCUAACGUUCAGUCAUCGGUUAAAAUGAUGGAAGUGUGUCGUAAACGGCCAACUAAUACAAGUAAUAAUAAUAAUUAUGAUCACAACAGUAAUCAAAUGUCAACUAUAAUGAACAACUUUACUUCUUCAGGCAAUGUGACGCUCUCUUUUAACAACCAAUUGUCUGGUCUGUCAAACACUGCUUAUCAGUUACAUCCGGCAAACUUUUACCCGACAGCCGCAAGUCUUUCAUCAUCUCAAACUGCCUCACGUCUGGCCACAAAUCAAAACAAUGCCCGAACGGCUAAUCAAUAUGCGGCUGCCGCUGCUAGAGCUGCAGCAGUGGCUGCAAAUAAUGAUCCGUUUGGACAGUACACGUCCAUACUUUGUCCGGCAGGUCCUUAUCAAAGUUUAAACUCACCGGCAAAACAUGUGAUGACAAUGGCAGCUGCUGUGGCCGGAGCACAGGCAGCUCAGUCUCAGACAGUACAACUUCAACCACCACUUAUAACUCAAGUGACAGGCGGUCAACAAUAUGUUCCCGUAUCUGUUGUCGAACAAAAUGGUCGCCAAAUGUUGUUGACAAAUGCUGCUGCCGUUCAAUCGGGUUGGCCAUCAAACAGACAAAUGUUUGCCGCAGUUCCGACUGCUUGGCAGCAAUUCUCUACUCAAGCCGCUGGUCGCAUACAACAGACAACAGCUGUACUUCCCGAUUCUGAUGCAUGGAGUCGUUCACUUGUUUUAGACAGAUCGACACUACUUCCAGAACAAGCGGCUGUAUUACCGAUGGAAUUCCAUGAUCCGGCAGUUUAUGACCACUUAAGAUCAGAACGCAAUUUAAUUCAAUCUCAAACAACAUUUUCGGGUAUGAGCGCACCCUGGGGUGUAAUGGCUUGUGGCCAGCCAUCUAAUGCUCACCAAUCGUCACACUAUACAUCCAAUCAAAAUCUAGUGCCCGCACACAACGCCUCGAUUUUGGCGGCCAUUUCCAGUUCAAAGCGAAAUACAGGAGUUCAGUCAAAAUCUAUGAAAUCAAAAGAGCAUUUGUCACCCGUCAAGAAAAGGGUCAAAGAGUCGUCACCACCUAAAUGGCAGGAGGUUUUAGGCCGACACGUAGAGUCAGGAUAUGGUGGGUCCAUAAAUCUGUGCACAUCUAAUGAUAACACUCCUAAUGCUAACGACACCAACAAAAAUCUACAUAAGGCGUCAUUGAUUCGCAAUAAUACCGGCGCCCAUAAAAUACAUCAAACCAUCACAAUUGAAGACACGCCUUCACCUGCAGUCUCUGUCAUUACAAUCAGUGACUCAGAGGAUUCAAAUGAAAGAUCGCCCAUUUGUUAUAAGAAUACAACAGCAAAACUAAAUGUACCUCAAAAACCAAUAUCACUGAUAACACAGACAAAUACAGUCUCAACUACCUGUGCCAGUGUGUUGACUCUGACCCCCGAAGAUAAUGACGAUUGUGUCCAAUAUGGUGUUGCAACUCAAAGUCACAAUAUAGCUCCCAUGAAGUCUUCGUCGGCCAUAUUUAGCAACUUUGGUAUUCAAUCUAAUAGAGGACUUAGCCAUUCAUUGUCGUCAUCAGCCAUCACUAAAACAUCAAGAAUUGAUAUCAAUUGUUUUACAUUACCUGACUCUGACUCUGAAGGAAAUCACAGUCCACUGAGACCUUUGCCUAACUUUACGAACUCAGUUAUGUCGAAACUAAUUAAACCCGAACCACAUAAAGACAACGCAUUGAGUACAUCUCUUAAUGACAUUUCAAAAUAUGGUCACGAAUUGACAAAUGCAUCACAAAAGAAGCGAUUAUUGGCCAAAGCCCAACAUCAGGCACACAUCCAAAACCUCAAACAACAAAUACCACAAAUUAUGGUCACUAAACAAGAGGUGGUCUCCAGUGAAGAUGAGGAUUCAUUGGCAGGACGUCUUAAUUAUACUAAUGGUCAGAUUUAUCAUAACAGUCAAAGCAGUUCCACAUUAAACAGACGCCAUAACGACUCACUGAAUGCACAAUAUAUGCGUCACUCGAAGAUUGACAACUUAGAGGGAGAAAAGCUUAUCAAAUGUGCCGUUAGUCCAAACAGGAGAGGUAAUGGGAAUUGUCGUACAGUUCAUACGGGACACCAUCACAUGCCAUCUGCACACUUGUCACCGGUACAACCAAUUGGUCAAUCACUAUAUUUAAGUGGAUCAACCAAUCCCGAUAUAUAUCGUGAUUACUGUCAUCCGACAGUUUACGUGACCUCAAAUCUGAAUCAGUCAUAUGUGACACAACCGCAGAAGUACGUGAUAGCGCCUAACGCACCACAAAGCGGACCAUUUGCACAAUCGGUUGCCUCAUUGCCGGCGCCACCACCGGCUCAUCAUCAUCACAAUAGUACACGUUCAGCAGUGGCCACUGCAGUCGGUUACGCGCCAACAGCCAGUCAUCCACUGCCGGCGCACAUACAGCAGACGCCUUCAGCUGUGACUGCAAUGCCCUUACAGUUCGCCGGACAGACCGUCCCUCCCUAUGGUUAUAAUAUGUCAUCCAUUACAUCAACCAAAGCUCCUUAUCAACACUUGUAUCAGAUAUUUGGUGAUUAAUCACUUGACAUUAAAUUUGAUUUUUCAUUUACUUAUUAUUAUUAUUCACAUUAUAAUUUGUUUUGUUAAUUAUCAUUAUUUGAAUCAAAAUUACUUUAACACUAAAAAGAGACACAAAACGAGUUUUGUUUGAAAUAUUUAUAUAUCAGACUAUAAUUAAUCGAUAAAUGUGUUUCUCAUUUGAGUGUGACUCUUAGUCUCAACUUUAUAUAUAAUUUAAUAAUUGAUAUU